AUGGCUCGUCGUUCUGCUAGUCCUCCAAGCCCUGGCUCUCCAAGCAAGACACCCAGGCGACUGUCUUCACCCGCCUGUGCGGGACAGAUUCUAUGGAUCCCAAAGGCAAAGGAAGUUGACGGAGACUUGGCUCUUGAGCCAGGUCAAUUCAAUCAUCCAUGCAUUCUACUAUCACACAUUCCUAAGGAUAAUGGCAAACAUGUCAUCCUGAUUAUCACUUCUUCAGGCGGAAGACCACUCAUUGAUUGGGGUCUGAAGCGCAAAGCCCGUCAGAAGUUCAUCCCCAUUGAUCCUGCCAGACCUCAUCCUGAUCAUGGCAUGCUGCUACAUCUCACCGGAGGGAACGUCUUGCUGAAAGCUUCUUGCGCGAACGUCGGGAACUUGAUCGAGAUAGAGUUGAAGUAUCUCCAUGACUAUCACGGUGGCAGGCGGAACCUCACGGAUGAGUCGCUGCAUCAGCUCAUCGAGAUGUCCGGUUUCAAGCCACCAGUUCUGCCCAACUCUCAUUUCGUCCAGGCGUCAGCAGAAAGACGACUGAGAGAGACUAUCGUGUGCUCAGGUCUAUCGUAUGCCACGCCAACCUCUCAUUUCAACGGGGCAUCGGCCACCAUGCUAUCACCGGAAAGAAUCAUACUGCACGAUGUCAAGAAUUGCACACGCGGGAUCUACUCACACGAGGAGCUCUUGAACAUUGGACAUAAGAUCUUCAACCUGCCGAAAUCGCCAAUUGAGUCCGUCACUCCGAUGGAGCAAGAUCUUCUUGAAAUCGCGAAGCCGAAGAGAAAGCCCGGCAAGAAAGCGUGCCGAGCAGUCAGAAAAGCAAAAGUCCAGGCAAGCUUUUCUCAACAAGCAUUCGUCCCUCCCCUCACAGAUACAUCCGCUGCGCCUUUGGGGCCUCCUCAGCCGCUUUACCUGUCCAAUGAGUAUACCAGGCUUUAUGGCACAAUGGAACCUACACCUCCGCGGCAACUCGUAAAUGUACCAGAAAUGCCAACUUCAGCAUCGUUCUCUCUCAGACUACCCCGUUCGCAAACAGGUCCUAUACUACCGCUCUUCCAUGUACCGCGAGCGUACGCAACAGCAGAACAUAGCCCUGGCCAUGGGUCUCAGGACCGCGGACGGGGCCGCCCAAGGGACUUUAUGUUGUUCAUCUUUCUCGCUUGCGCUGCAGCUCUCAUCUACUUCUGGGCGAAGGAUAUGAUGUAA